AUGAUGAAUAAUAAUGAUUGUACUAUGACAAUAUCUUCUACUCAACGGACGCCUUGUGGAUUAGAUCGGGCUGAAUCAUCUUGGUUACGAUGGCUUUCUGUUGCAUUUUGGUGGUGGGUAAAUCCAAUUAUAAAUAUUGGUUCUAAACGUCAAUUAACUGACAAUGAUUUAUUUGAUUUAUCAUCAAAAGAUGAAUGUAAUCAAUUACUCAAGAAACUUGAAACAGUAUGGGAGGCAUAUGAAAAUAAAUCUGAACAUAUUAAAACAUGGAAAAUAGUUGCAAAAACAUUUUGGAAAGAUAUUGUACGAAUUGGUUUAGUUUUAUUACCAUAUCUUGCUUUAAAAAUAGCUCAACCAUUAUUUUUAAAAGGAAUUGUUCAUAAUAUUAAUGAUACAAAUGCAUCUUCAUAUAUAGGAUAUAUAUAUGCUAUUGGAAUUGGACUUACAAAAACUUUUUUAGUAUUAAUGCAUCAUCAAUUUUUUUUCCGUACAAGACGAAUUGGAAUUCAAAUACGUAUUGCACUCGCAGCUUUUAUUUAUAAAAGAUUAUUAUCAUUACCAAUAGCAGCAAUUAAAGAAACAACAACAACAACAACAGGUCAAAUGUUAAAUUUAAUUUCAAAUGAUGUUAGUAAAUUUGAACACUUAUGUGAAUAUAUUCAUCAAUUAUUCAUAGGACCAUUAGAAGCAUUGAUUGUUUUUGGUUUAAUUUGGAAUGAAAUUGGUAUUCCAACUUUGUUUGGUUAUACAAUAUUAUUAUUACAAAUACCAUUACAAUUAUAUUUUAGUAAAAAAUUUCGAAUAUACAGAAAAAAUACAAUGAAAUGGACUGAUGAACGUAUAAAACUUACGAAUGAAAUAUUAGUCGGUUGUCAAACUAUUAAAAUGUAUAGAUGGGAAGAAGCAUUUGAAAGUAUUAUACAUAAAACAAGAAAGAAAGAAUUUCAAAGUAUACAUAAAGCAAAUCGUCUUCGAGCAAUUAAUUUUUCUAUUUAUUUUUCAUCAUUAUCAUUAAUUUCAUUGGCUACAUUUGGUGGUAGUUGGUUAAUGGGUCAAACAUUAUCUAGUGCAAAUAUAUUUACAAUUUUAUCAUUUUUUAGUUUAAUGAGAAAUCCAAUAGCUAUUGGUAUUCCUAAUGCUAUUGAAUUAUUAAAUGAAAGUAUAAUAUCAUCAAAACGUAUUGAUCAGUUCAUAAAUUUAAGGAAAAAGAUUAUUUCCACUAAUACAUUACAAGAACAUUGUAAAUGUAUACCAGGUAGUAUAGUAAUGAAUAAAGCUUCAUUUACAUGGAGUACUAGUCAAUCGAUUCAAUUAAUUGGAAUUGAUUUAAAUUUAACUUCUGGUUCAUUAGUUGGUAUUAUAGGAGCAAUUGGCUCAUCUAAAUCAUCACUUUUAGCAGCUGUAUUAGAUGAAAUGUGUCUUGUUGAAGGUAUUAGUAAAAUAUAUGGUAAAAUUGCAUAUGCACCUCAAAUACCCUAUAUAUAUGCUGGUACAAUACGUGAAAAUAUAUUAUUUUUUAAAAGUUUUAAUAAAAAAAAAUAUGAAUGUGUAUUAAAAUCAUGUUGUUUAAUUCCUGAUUUGCAAUCAUUUUCAGCUGGUGAUUUAACAAUAGUUGGAGAGAAAGGAAUAAAUUUAAGUGGAGGACAAAAAGCUCGUAUCUCACUUGCUCGAGCAUUAUAUACCGAUGCUGAUAUUUAUUUAUUUGAUGAUCCAUUAGCAGCAGUUGAUUCAAUAAUUGCUAGAGAUAUUUUUCAACAAUGUAUUAGUAAUGAAGGUAUUUUAAAUAAAAAAACACGUUUAUUAGUUACACAUCAAAUACAAUUUUUAUCUGAAUUUGAUCAUUGUAUUUUAUUUGAUCAUGGUAAAAUAGAAAAACAAGGUUCAUUUAAAGAAUUAUUAACAAUUAAUAAAAUUAAACAAUCUUAUGACAAUCAACAAAAAAAUAUUAAUAAUAAUGAAAAUGAUAUUGAUAUUUCUAUAAAAUCAUCAAAAUCGAAAAUAAUUGAUAAAAAUAAUAUUAUUGUUGAAGAAACAUCUAAUGAUGGAACCAUCAAUGCUUCUGUUUGGAUUAAAUUAUUUACUUCUCGUUAUGGUUGGAGUGGAUUAAUAUUAUUGAUUAUUUCAAUAUUAUUAGGUGAAGGUAUUUAUGAUACAACUAAUAAAUGGUUAAGUAUAUGGUCAUCAAAAUUAGAAAUAGAACAACGUCAAAAUCAUUAUUUUUAUAUAUAUUUUGGAUUAGUUCUUGGUACAUUAAUAAUUGCAAUAUUACGUGCUAAUUAUUUUUUUCAUAUUAUACUACAUGGUGCAUCUAUCUUUCAUAAUAAUAUGUUAAAAGGUGUUCUAUAUAGUUCAUUAAGAUUCUAUGAAAGUAAUCCAAUUGGUCGCGUAUUAAAUAGAUUUAGUAAAGAUCAACAAAUUCUUGAUGAAUUAUUACCAUUAACAUUUUUUGAUGCACUUCAAUUAACAAUUAUGUUAUUAGGUAGUAUCGUUAUUAUUGGUAUGACAAAUCCAUGGAUAUUAUUAAUACUAAUAUUUAUUAUUCCAGCAUUUCUUUGGUUAAGAAAUAUUUAUUUAAAAAUAAGUCGAGAAAUUAAACGAUUGGAUAGUGUAAGUAGAAGUCCUAUUUAUGCAUUAUUUUCUUCAUCGUUGAGUGGAUUAAUGACUAUUAGAACAUUUAAAGUUACAGAUGAUGUUCUUACUUCAUUUAUGACUAAAAUUGAUGCUAAUACACGUGCAGUUUUCAUAUUCCAUAGUUUAAGUAGAUGGUUUGGUUUAAGAUUAGAUUUAUUGACUUGUUGUGUAACAUUUUUAACAGCAAUUCUAUCUGUAGUUUUACGUCAAAGUCUAGAUGCUGCUUCUGUUGGAUUAGGUUUAACAUAUGCUAUAAAUUUAUCAGAUAUAUUUCAAUGGGCAGUGCGUCAAUCAGCUGAAACAGAAAAUUAUAUGACGAGUGCAGAGAGAAUUGAUGAAUAUUCUCGUAUUCCUAUGGAAUCAGAUUUUUACAAUGGAGAGUUACAACCACCAUCUGAUUGGCCAAUGGAAGGAAAAAUUGAAUUUGAUGAAUAUAAACUCAGUUAUCGUUCCGAACUUGAACCUGUUUUAAAAGGUAUAAAUUUAAAAAUUGAACCAUAUAACAAAAUUGGUAUUAUUGGACGUACGGGUGCUGGUAAAUCAUCUAUUUUUCAAGCACUUUUUCGUUUAACUGAUAAAUCUACAACAAAUGGUAAAAUAUUAAUUGAUGGAAUUGAUAUAAACAGAAUUAGUUUGAAUGUUUUACGAUCGAAUUUAAAUAUUAUUCCACAAUCUCCGGUAUUAUUUAGUAAUACACUUCGAUAUAAUUUAGAUCCAUUUCAGUAUUUUACAGAUGAACAAUUAUGGAAUGUAUUAGAAGCAGUUCAAUUAAAAACAAAGAUUAAUAAUUUGAAAGAUAAGUUAAAUACAGUAAUAGCAGAAUAUGGAAAUGGUUUUAGUGUUGGUGAAUGUCAAUUAAUAUGUAUAGCAAGAGCAAUUCUAAAAAAAAGUAAAAUUUUAUUAAUCGAUGAAGCUACAGCACAUGUUGAUACAAAAACAGAUCAAACAGUUCAAGAAAUUUUACAUAAAAAAUUUACAAAUCAUACUAUAUUGAUUAUUGCACAUCGUCUAAAUACAAUAAUGGAUAGUGAUAAAAUUGUUCUUAUAAAUGAUGGUAUUAUAACAAAAUAUGAAACACCUAGAGAAUUACUUACUGAUAUGAAUGAUGAAGAUCAAUCAAAUACCUAUUUAUAA